GUUGUCUUUCUGAACGUCUGGAAAGAACUCUUCCGGUGGAGUCGUUGCAAUGCGUACGAAGACACUUCUGAUUUGCCUCAUUGGCUUCGUUGCUGCUCAGGACGACUACCCUCCUCAGCCAUACAGCUUCAGCUAUGAUAACACAGACGAAUAUGGCAAUCGCUUGGCCCAAUCCGAAACCGGCGACGAGAGGAACACCAAAACUGGAUCCUACAGCUUCCAAACAGCAGACGGUAUUUACCGAAAAGUGGACUACAUUGCCGACGAAAAUGGCUUCCGUGCAACUGUCAACACAAACGAACCAGGAACAAAGGCAGAGAAUCCCGCUGACGUGAUCUUCAACGCUAGCCCGUUGGGAAGCCCACCGACGCAAGCAGUACAAUCUGCUCCAGUUCAGAUUGCAGCACCAGUUACCACAGCUGUUGCUGCACGGCCUGUCCAUGUUGUAGCCACAGCUCCGGCAGUUCAUCCUGUGGCGGUUCACGCCGUGCAUGCUGUCCAUAGCCCUACUGUAGCCCUUCAUGCUGCUCCUGUAGCCGUUCAUGCUGUGCACGCUGCUGCUCCGGCUUACACCUUUGCCGCUCAGCAUGUCCCUACAGUAGCUGUCGCAGCAGCUCCUCACCAUGUGCCUGUGGCUUAUACUCUUGCGCAUCCUGGUAGGCGCUAAUAGUAAAGAUGGCUAAAAUGUUUGUUGCCAAGUACUCUCCGAGCUUUUUCACAGCUUUCUUGCACUACAGUAAUGCUUCACGUGAGCUAAGAGUGUCUCUCAAUUUGAAAGGCAGCAUCGCGUCUGGAUACCGCAUGCCACUUCAGUUUAUGGUCCGGUUCUGUUUGUCUUUGCUCCAGAUCGCGAGAUUUUCUUUCACGUUUCGUACCCAACUGCGUGAUUUGUUGUCCUCUUGAUUUUUGUUGUUCCGAUUACAUGAAUAUAUGUUUCAUAUCUCGAAGCUCUGUUUCCAGCCAUGUUUGCUAAAGCGUCAGGUCAUUGCUUAAUGUGUAUCUGUGUCUGCAUCUCUUUGUGUGCCGGUGAAUAAAAACGAGGAGAUAGAAUA